AAGGCCCGUACCGUCGGCGUCCGACAUGGACGACUGCUGCCGCGGUCCCACCGGCUGCUGCCGCGAAGGUUACCGCUGCGAGCCCAACUACCGGACGUGCGUGCGUGUGGGGGUAGAACCGAGACCUGGUGGAGCAUCUAAAGUGCUCAUAGUACCUGUUGUAACGAGGCGCCACCAAGGAACUGUGACCUCUGGUGGAACUACGGGAGGCUGCGGUGGCGGCGGCAACUAUUGCUGGGACCACGAGCGCUGCUGUCACAUAUCGCAGUCGGGCGCUCACCUGCCCACCAGCGUUCACCCGACCACUUCGUGCUGCACCAGAAGCAGCAGCCGCCAGUGUCCGCGAAUUCGUGGCUGUCACAACCCGUUCGGCGUCAACUCGCCCUCCGGCGUUUACAACCAACCCGGCUACCGGCCUUCGCCAGCGUAUCAGAAUCCGCCUGCCUUCAACUGGGACCGGGAACAGCUGAUGAUGCAGAGGCGCACGCUGGUGCCUUCCUCAGCCACAGCUUUGCUGCCGUCGUGCUUUGGCGUCUUCCUGCUGGCUUUUGUCUAUCUGCGUCUGUUCUGUAGCGGGAGCUGAUCAGAGUGUUCGUAUUUAUGACCUAUUUAUGAAUUCAGAUAAAAAGCAAAGGACUUUUUUCUCUACAUUCUCUUCUAUCACCAAAUAUAGGUGCGAAAUUACAUUUCUGCAGUA